ACACAAUUCUGUGCAUGGUCCAAUACCAGAUUCACUUCGGCAACUUCAGAGCUUGGGGGACCUGGAUUUGUCCUGGAACAAUUUGUCAGGAACUAUACCAGAGUCCCUAGAAACACUCAAGAUGCUUACCACUUGAAUUUGUCCAUGAAUAAGUUAACAGGAGAAGUGCCCAAAGGUGGUAUUUUCAGAAGGCUUACUAAUACAUCAUUUAUAGGAAAUGUGGGUCUGUGUGGACCAUGGAUACAUAAUAUGCCAUCAUGCCCUCCUCCUGUGUCUCACACUCGUAAUUCUCAUUCGAAAAAUUGGAGGAUAAUAGCUCCUGUAGCUGUCACAACUUUUUUGAUUUGCAUUUGCUUCUUAGCUUUCUUAAUUUGGAAGUAUGGGAAGAAGAAAAGCAGUACAAACUUUCAGACUACAGAAGCUUUUCAUUUGAAUUUGGGCUUGCCUAGAAUUUCACAAAAGGAUAUUAUGGCUGCAACUAAUGGGCUUAGUGAUGCCAACCUUUUAGGGGUUGGUAAUUAUGGAUCAGUGUAUAAAGGGGAGAUGAGUGAUGGCACACUAAUUGCUGUUAAGGUUCUCAGUUUACAAAAUGAAGAAGCUCAUCAGAGUUUUGACAGGGAGUGCAAUGCUUUAGGUAGGGUCAGGCACAGAAAUCUGGUUGGAGUCAUUACUUGCUGCUCCAACCUUGAUUUCAAAGCUUUGAUUUUCCCCUAUAUGCAAAAGGGCAGCUUGGAAGACUGGCUAUACUCUGACGGAGAUGAGUGUGAACUGAGUUUGACAGAAAGACUGAGCAUAGCCAUUGACAUAGCUCAAGCCUUAGCAUACCUUCAUCACCAAUGCUUUGUACAGGUUCUGCAUUGCGAUUUAAAACCCAGUAAUGUAUUGUUGGGAGACGACAUGACAGCACAUCUGACAGACUUCGGCAUUGCAAGAAUAGUCUUGGCCAACUCUAUGGAUUCCAUGACUUCCACCGCACAUUUACUCAAAGGAUCAGUAGGCUACAUUGCCCCAGAGUAUGGAUUGGGUGCAAGGGUGUCGACCAAAGGAGAUGUGUUCAGCUACGGAGUAUUAUUACUAGAGAUGUUGACAAGAAUGAGGCCAACGAAUGCCAUUUUCAAGGAUGGAUUAAACUUGCAAAAAUGGGCAGCUGAAAAUCUCCCGCAUAGAGUUAGAGAAAUAGUUGAUUUAAAUCUGUGGAGAAAUCUGUGGAGAGAAGACCAAGGUAGCGAGAAUGUGAUAACUGAAAUCAUGGACGUGGGGCUGCUGUGCACACGAGAGUCCCCUCAAGAACGACCCAACAUGCUUCAGAUUGCUGACAUUUUAGAGAAAAUUAGGACCAAUAUGUACCGUGACACACUCAGAUGAAUUAUGUUAUAUCACUAUGCUUUGAACAUACUCACGGGAAUUCUUCUUACUUCCAUCAAUUCUCGGGAGAUAAAGCUUUCAAGCCUAAAAGUUCAAGCCAAACUUUUUUGGGAAUCUGUCUUUCAUUACUAUUGUAUACAUUAUAAAUAAAAAAUAAAAUAGAGUACUAUUUUAUAUUGAAUAGAUUUAAUCUUAGGAGUUUAAAAAAUUAUGUUAUAUCUUUAUGAGUUUGAUUUGUAUUCUCUAUUGGAUUCUGUAGUUCAGGGUCGCCAGAUUGUGAGCCAUUGAUCCAAGUGCGGAUGCACAGAAAUUCUGAGGCGAGGGGGACUCCAAAAAAAAUCAAAUCAAGCGGCAUCCACUGCUCUCAUCACUUGAAACAAGCCAGAUGGUCUGCUCCAAAAAUUUCGAUAGCAAUAGGCAGUGGAGAUAAUAAUGACCAUUAAUUUAUCCACCAAACAACAUUGGGAUCUUUAAAGGCACUUGGAA